GUUUUCUUGUUUACCGGACUCUUAGUUAGGCGACAUGUACUAAACGACGCAAUAUUUAGACAUGUUUAUACUGUGUAUAUAAGUGGACUACUUUAAAGUUUCCUUUCAAUAUUAUACCAUUUGCUCUUCGUAACGGACAAAUUAUUUAUCCAGGUGGAUCUGUGGCGUGACGUGAUUAACAAUGGGUGAUAAUUUUCACAAUGUGAUAACAAAUUGUUGCCUUGGUGAAAAGUUUUGUACAGAAAGAUAGAAAACUUGCAAUAGGAGUGUCGACAGGAAAUGAUCGGAUAGUGGAUAAUUAUAAAAGACAAAAAGGGAGAUUGGACAAACAUAGCAUUAUUAUAAGAUAGUUAAUGUACAACCAACCGAGAAUAUAUAUUCAGUGGUGUUCAGUUCAUUACUUUAAAUCUGGGCUAGUUUGAAACAGGAAACAGUAAUGAGUAUGUCGGUAAUGAGCGUCGAUUAAACUGGUGAAAAUAUGUAACAGAUUGAUUGAUUGAUAAUGGCUACUACACAUACUAUCAAUGGUUUGUUAGUUUUCGUCAUAUCAUGUUUUUGUAUAGCUGACAUAAGAGGAAUAGAAUAUAAAGAAACUGCUGAAAACCAACUUGGUCAUAAGCGGUAUACUAAUGGUGAUAUAGAAUGGGGAAAUAUUCCAGACAGAGAUUACCAUGGAAACAUUCAAGAAAAAGGAAGCGGUGUUUGGAAAACAACUAUUAAUUUUGCCAAAUCAAUUGUUCUCGUAACGACACAUCAUCAGUCUUUUCCCUAUGAUUUAAUCAGGCGAAUUAUCAGAAAUGAAUAUUCAGAGGACGAGAUUACGGAUUAUGAAGAGAAUAUAGUAAUAAGUUGUGGUGUUGGAGCAAUAUUUAUCAGUAUAAUAUUGAUAUGUUGUCUGGCUUACUUUCUCUAUAAACGAUGGAAGAGUAGGAGAUCUGUUUAUUCUGGUCAAAAACCAUUCCUAUCAGGACAUAAACUCAAUGCUGUAAUAGUACUGGGAAUAAUAUUUAUCCUCAUUAUUUUUAUAUUUACUAUAUGUAUACUGGUAGUAAACGCUAGAAUAGGAGAUGGUAUAAAUAGACUAGAUAAAAGAUUAUAUAACUCAAUGGAUGAUGUUACAUCUUAUUUCAAUCAAACUAAACAGCAAUAUGAUUUUAUGACUGAAGACAGUAAUCUAUGGUUUGGACAAGAUGUACUUACACACGACAUCAACACUUUAGGGGAAUUAAUAUGGCAACCUGGAAGUCGGGCAUUUCACCCGAAUGUAUCAGCUAUUUUCAAGGAAUUGGAGAAUUUGGACUUGUACACUAGUAGAGCUGUUGUGUCAUUGGAGUCGUUGAUAGAUGAGAUGGUGAUAAUUAAUAACGGUAUGGGACGUCAUCUAAAGUCUAACCUGUCUACAGCUAAUUAUAAUUUAAGUUUUGCACGUUCUGAUUGGACAUGUAUAGGCUGUGAUGGAUCGUGUUCUGGGUGUGAGAAUAUCGUCCCUGAUGAUAUAUAUCCACAAGUAAACUUCUUAACGAUGCCAAAUCUGACUUCUAAUUUAAACGAGUUACAGGAAUUACUCCGCGAACCAUUUAAAGGAUCUUUACUAAGUCCAGAAUAUUACUACACGUAUGGUAUUGGUGAUAUAAUACAAAAUAAACUAGCUACUAAUAUAUCAGAUAUUCAGAGUAGAGUGAACGAUUUCAUUAACACAGUUAGAAGAUCAACUGACGGCAUGGUCUUUCCUACACAAAAGUCUUUUUAUUUUGACGAACUGAAACCAAAAUUCGAGGCAUUUAAAGAUAGAGUGAACAAAGGUGACAAUAUUCGAUCUGGUUUUACCUGGUUCUUUACAGUUGUAAAUAUUGGUCUAAUUAUUUUUAUACUCUCCGUCUUAAUCUACGUGAUCACUAAGAAAUACAAACACUGUCGUACCUUGAUUAUCCAACAAGAAGAUCCGCACUUAUUACAACGUCGACUGUUACUUGGUGGUGCAGUAGGAUGUAUUAUACUGUCUGUGGGCCAUACAUGUCUAGCAAGUACUGGCUUUUAUAUUGGAGCGAAUUUAGAGAGAGUUAUUUGUCAAACAGGAAAAGAUUACUCCAUUGUAGAAAGGGUGCUGGAUGUUCCGCACACAGUACCCGGACAUCCAGGUUAUUAUAUGGGAUCUGUUGUACUAGGUAAUGGAGCGUUUGAUCUGAAACUAUCUGAUAUUCUACGACAGUGUAAGAAUAACAUACCAGCAUACACUGCUCUGAGACAGAAUUUAGUUUCACCAAAACUUAAAGAUGAUCUUGAUAUAGCUAAGUACUUGAAUGAUAUAAAUGAGGUAUUUGAUGAUAUGUAUAUAGAUUUAAAUAAUGUAACAUUGAUACCUCCUCGUCUUUCACCUUGGUUCCAGAAACUUACCACUGUCACGUCCUUCGAUACACAGCCAUUUACAGAUUUGUUUAACAAGACCAUCAUUAAUGCAGAUUUAGAUACAUUUGUUGCUAAUCUCAGAUAUGUUGCUAACACAUCAAUAGCUAAUGGUGGACCACGAAAUCCAGCUAAAAGUAAACUGAUUGAAGUAGCCGAUCACCUGUCAUCAUGGAAACCACUGAUAGAUUCAGCUACUAUAGUCAAGGUAAGUGUUAUUUAG